UGCGCAGGGAUCCCAGGUCCAGUUGGCAUAGCGCCUCCAUUUCCCAGACUGCACUGCGUCUGAUACAUCCGCCAUAUUGCCAUCGUCGAAACGAGCUGGCUGGAUCGACUCGUACCCUCAACUGAAAAUCGUUGCAGUGAUGACUCAGACCAUUCAGACCAACGGGGUUCAGCCCCUCAGUAAGACCUGGGAGCUGAGUCUGUACGAGCUCCAGAGAACUCCACAGGCACAGGAGGCGAUAACAGAUGGACUGGAAAUAGCAGUGUCGCCCCGGUCUUUGCACAGCGAACUCAUGUGUCCUAUCUGUCUGGACAUGUUGAAGAACACAAUGACAACCAAAGAGUGUCUGCACCGCUUCUGCGCCGACUGUAUCAUCACAGCUUUAAGAUCUGGUAAUAAAGAGUGUCCUACCUGUCGUAAGAAGUUGGUAUCCAAGAGAUCGCUGCGUCCAGACCCGAACUUUGAUGCGCUGAUUAGCAAGAUCUAUCCCAGCCGUGACGAGUACGAAGCCCACCAAGAGAGAGUCUUGGCUCGCAUCAGCAAACACAACAACCAGCAAGCCCUGUCCCACAGCAUAGAGGAGGGGCUGAAGAUCCAGGCGAUGACCAGGCUGCAGCGUGGCAAGAGACACACGGUGGAGAAUGGGAGCGGAGCGGAGGACAAUGGAGACUCCUCCCACUGUAGCAACGCUUCGGUCCACAGCAACCAGGAGGCCGGUCCAAGCAUCAAGCGCACCAAGACGAGUGAUGACAGCGGUUUGGACAUGGACAACGCUGCAGAGAACGGGGGCGGGGACUCUGUGAUUGAAGGUGGUGCCAGCGAAAUCGAGCUGGUGUUCAGGCCACACCCUACCCUCAUGGACAAGGAUGACGGUCACAACAGCGUGGAGUUCGUCCCCCGCUACAUCAAGACGUCCGGCAACGCCACAGUGGAUCACCUGUCCAAAUACCUGGCUGUCCGACUGGCUCUGGAGGAGCUGAGGAGAAACGCAGAGGCCAGUCCUGUCAACGUGGAGGCGGCAUCAGAGAAGCAGUACACCAUCUACAUACCUACUGCUGGGAACCAGUUCACUGUUCUGAACGGCUCCUUCUCCCUCGAGCUUGUCAGCGAAAAGUACUGGAAGGUGAACAAACCCAUGGAGCUCUACUUUGCUCCUACUAAAGAACACAAGUAGACACACACACACACACGCACACACACAGAGAGCUCGGUUGCAAGUUAACAUACGGACUACACCUGCACACACAAAGCAGAGGAGGGCAGUGUGUGUCAGGAGAAGAGAGAGGUUGGUUAAACGCUCAAAAGGACUCUUGUAAAAAUGAAACUGUUUUAUAUCCUCUGUGUCUUUCUCCGUGUUUCUUUUUUGUUAUCUCAGUAGAAGGUAACAGAUGAGCACAGCAGACAAUGGGCUGAUAAUGGUAUAUGAUACAUGUAGAAUACACUAGCCAACAGCCACCUCCCAUAGACGCACACCACCUGGUCAUUUCAAAUGAAUGUGGAAGCAAAGGAGAACAGUCGGAUGUCAUCGACUUCUAACCCUGUAAUAUUUUGACUGAGCCAUCCAUCUAAAUGUAGGCGGGUUCUAUUUCCCUCUUUUAUAAUUUCAAUUCAGUUUUUUGCCACUUUGAACUUUUACUCUCACGGGUUAUAGUUCUCUCAUGUUUUACAAUUUUCAAAAAAAACAAUCCACAAAAGAGAUGUACAUAAUUUACUUUAACUGUUGGAUAUAUUUCCUUUUGAAUUUUGGGCAUUUAAAUCAUCUGUCUGAAAAUGUUUUGGGGAUUGAAUAGCUGGAAAUGAGAGAAAUGAAGAGUCCACACUACCAGUCAAACAACUGACUAAAGUGAGUCCCUUUUUUCCCAAGCCGUCUGUCACAGUGAGAAACCUCCUGUUGAAUAACGUCUCUAGAGUAAUAUGAAACUACAAAGAUUCAGAAAAACUUUUUUCAUGUUUGGAUUUAUAAAGGUUUUUUGAUAAUAUUGUAAGAAAGUGUUUUUCUGUUGAACUCUUCUUUCACAUUAAACUAGAGAAUGGUGAAAUUGGUGAAAUUGUUUUUGUCAGGGAAGGCUUCUGUCUGGACCUGAGUCACUGAGCCUCAGCAGGAAGGCUCUCUGCUUCCUAUAAACGUGUGACUGAGAAGCUCGUAGCUGUUGUCUUCAUCUGUUGCUUGUAGAAACAAAGUCUAAUACCUGUGGUUUGCUCUUUUAUAGGUGUCUUUUUUUAACACGGGGGGGUUGGGAUGAUCUGUUUGCAGCACCGCGGACGUUUAGCCCAUUAAAGUCUCCGCUGUCACCCCAAA